UAUAAAAAUAAAGUUUAAGAAAAAAUAUAAUAAUAAUAAGAUUGCAGAAAAUGAAUAUCUCCUUCGAGGGUUUUGCCAAGGUUUAAAACACACAACUCAACGUCUUAACAGGAACAUAAAAAAGAAACAUGAGAAACCUCUGGAAUUCGAUCGCGUUGUUCUCUCACUUUGCUCGUCGCAGAACAAGUUCUUUGUCUCCUCUCCUUUCUAGAACCUAUGCACCUCUCAAUCGCUGCAACGGAAUUCUCACGAGACCCACCAAUUUUUCCCUCACUCCAUUUCGAUACAUGGAGACCCUGAUCGAGAAACCCUCUCAAAUCCCCUCAAGGCAGCGCAAAAUAAAGGAAAAAUCAGACCUUGAGGAAGCUUUUGAGUCUGCAGAAACCAUUGAGGAAAUGCUCAAGGCUUUCAGGGUUAUGGAGGAAGGAGCUUUUAAUGAGAGAGAGCUUGGCUGGGCUUCAUUGAAAAUUGGUCUCAAACUUGACCACGAAGGUGAGGACCCUGAAAAAGCUCUUUCUUUUGCUCACAGAGCUUUGAAAGCUUUGGAUAAAGAUAACAAGCCUUCUUUGCCUGUUGCCAUGGCUUUGCAGUUGAUGGGGUCCGUUAAUUAUAGCUUAAAAAGGUUUAGUGAUAGUUUGGGGUACCUUAAUAGGGCAAAUAGGGUAUUGGGUAGGUUGCAGGUUGAGGGUGAGAGUGUUGAUGAUGUUAGGCCUGUGCUUCAUGCUGUGCAACUUGAGUUGGCAAAUGUUAAGACUGCCAUGGGGAGGAGGGAAGAGGCACUUGAGAAUCUUAAGAAGUGUUUGGAGAUUAAAGAGAUGACUUUUGGGGAAGAUAGUGGAGAGUUAGGCAAAGCAAACCGUGACUUGGCUGAAGCUUAUGUUGCGGUUUUGAACUUUAAGGAAGCCUUGCCUUAUUGUUUGAAGGCGUUGGAGAUACAUAAAAAGCAAUUGGGGCAGAAUUCUGUAGAGGUUGCACAUGAUAGGAAACUUCUUGGAAUUGUGUAUAGCGGGUUGGAGGAACAUGAGAAGGCGCUGGAGCAGAAUGUUUUGGCGCAAAGGAUUUUGAAGAAUUGGAAUCUUAACUCUGAUUUGUUGCGCGCGGAAAUUGAUGCUGCAAAUAUGAUGAUUGCUCUGGGAAGAUAUGAUGAGGCUGUUGGUACUUUGAGGAAUGUUGUACAGCAGACUGAUAAGGACAGUGAGACUCGAACACUUGUGCUCAUAUCAAUGGCAAAAGCAUUAUGUAAUCAGGAAAAGUUUGCAGACUGCAAGAGGUGUUUAGAGAUUUCUCUUGGGAUUCUUGACAAAAGAGAACGGAUAUCCCCGGUGGAAGUUGCUGAGGCAUACUCGGAGAUAUCCAUGCAGUAUGAAACCAUGAAUGAGUUUGAAACUGCAAUUUCGUUGCUGAAGAGGGCACUAGCUUUGCUUGAGAAGUUUCCACAAGAGCAGCACUCGGAGGGAAGUGUCUCUGCAAGAAUAGGGUGGUUACUAAUGCUGACAGGCAAGGUGCAACAGGCUAUUCCUUAUUUGGAAAGUGCUGCUGAAAGAUUGAAAGAUAGCUUUGGUCCCAAGCAUUUUGGAGUGGGUUAUAUUUACAACAAUUUGGGGGCAGCAUAUUUAGAGUUGGAUAGACCCCAGUCAGCAGCACAGAUGUUUUUAGUAGCAAAGGAUAUCAUGGAUGUAUCCCUUGGUCCACAUCAUGCAGAUACAAUUGAAGCUUGUCAGAACCUGUCAAAGGCUUAUGGUGAGAUGGGAAGUUAUGCCAUUGCAAUUGAGUUUCAACAACAAGUUAUUGAUGCUUGGGAAAACCAUGGAGCAAGUGCAAGAGAUGAAUUUAGAGAAGCACACCGGCUUCUUGAACAAUUAAAGGAAAAAGCACGCGGUGCCUCUGCGAAUGAGUUUCCUAUGAAGGCUUUGCCCUUACCUCAUACACCUACAGCAUCCAGGAGCUCCGAGCCUGACAUGCCAUUACAUCAAUCAAGAACAGCUUAGCAAACUUAUUGCCAUUGCAUAUUCUCAUGAAUUUUUAUGGUAUUGAUAAUUGGUUGCUGGGUUGGAGAUUUCUUUACGGAUUUAUUUAGGUAAUAAUAACUGAAAUUAAGUUGUAGUUAUAUAUCUCAAUCAUAUAUUUGGGGUUUGUCAUUAUAUUACUCUGAUUUGAUUUUCU